AUGUUGAAGGGCCAUACGCAGGAUUCUAGCCACAAAAGCAGCACCAAUGAAAGUUUGCAUCUUUGCAGUGUAUGUGGUAAAACUUUUGUCGAGCUAACUCGUUUUACAAAGCACCAACUUGUCCACACUGCCGAAAAGCCUUUCGAGUGUUCACAUUGUUCUAAAACGUUUAGGCGCAAAUCAUCUUUAGUGGAUCACAUACGGACCCAUACGGGAGACAAACCCUUCAAGUGCCCAAAUUGCCCAAAAUCUUUUAACCAAAAAAGCACUCUUACGAGGCAUAUACGCGUCCACACCGGCAUACCUUGUGGUAACUGUACCAUCUGCCAAAGGUCAUUUAUAGACCCAGCCAAUCUUAGAAAGCACAUGAUGAUACACACGGGGGAGAAACCAUUUAAAUGCUCAGAUUGUUCAAAAAAAUUCAGGAACAAAACAACUCUGGCGGUACACAGACGGACUCAUACGGGGGAGAAACCAUUUGAGUGCUCAAUGUGUCCUCAGAAAUUUAGGCAUGCAACAACUUUAAUAACACACGUACGCACCCAUACGCAAGAAAAACCCUUUGAGUGUCCUCAGUGUCAGAAAAAGUUUAGCAGAAAAAGCAAUCUCACAACCCACAUACGUCUCCAUACCGGCGUAUUUUAUGAUCAUUGUUCCAUCUGCCAAAGGCCAUUUACGGAUCCCGUGAGUCUCAAAAGGCAUAUGAGGACCCACACGGGGGAGAAACCCUAUGAGUGUGCAAAUUGUUCUAAAACGUUUAGGGACAAAACAGCUUUGAUGACUCACAUACGGACCCACACAGGAGAAAAACCCUUCAAGUGCUCAGAUUGUCCAGAAUAUUUUAGCCACAAAUACACCCUCGCAACCCACAUGCGUCUCCACACCGGAAUACCUUGUGGUAACUGCACCAUCUGCCAAAGGCCAUUCACAGUCCCAGGUAAUCUUAAAGUGCACAUGAGGACCCAUACAGGGGAGAAACCCUUUGAGUGCUCAGAUUGUUCUAAAACGUUUAGGGACAAAACAGCUUUGAUAACUCACAUACGGACCCACACAGGAGAAAAACCCUUCAAGUGCCCAAAUUGUCCAGAAUCUUUUAGCCGAAAAUACACCCUCUCAACCCAUAUGCGUCUCCACACCGGAAUACCUUGUGGUAACUGCACCAUCUGCCAAAGGCCAUUCACAGUCCCAGGCAAUCUUAAAGUGCACAUGAGGACCCAUACGCAAGAAAAACCCUUUGAGUGUUCUCAGUGUCAGAAAAAAUUUAGGAGUAAAAGCACUCUCACGAGGCACAUGGGCGUCCACACCGGCAUACCUUGUGGUAACUGCACCAUCUGCCAAAGGUCAUUUAUAGACCCAGCCAAUCUUAGAAAGCACAUGAUGAUACACACGGGGGAGAAACCAUUUAAAUGCUCGGAUUGUUCUAAAACGUUUAGGCGAAGAACAACUCUGGUGGUACACAGACGGACUCAUACGGGGGAGAAACCAUUUGAGUGCUCAUAUUGUCUAGGAACUUUCAGACAAAAAAGCAAUCUUAUACAUCACAUGAGAGUCCACACUGGCAGUUCUCGUGACUAUUCACAAAAUUGA